UCUUCAUUUGUGGCGAUCUCCACUUCGGAAUAAAACGAACACGAAAUCGAUUGCAGCCUAGUAAAGAACACAUCACGACCGUCUUACUCUUCAGGUGGCAUAUGAUUUUUCGUGGUGUUUGUUCCAACGGCAUCCCUUUGAUUUCGCAGCCUCGCUCGCAGCAGUUUUACUGUAAGCGUCUAACUUUAUCAUUCUCCCGAGUUAUUCUUUUUCUAGCAAAGUCUCCUAUUUUUCCCUACAGACGUGCAUUUUCAUCGACCUACCCUCGACAAAAACACCACCCAAUUCCACUUUCCACAAAAAUGGCGACCUCCACCUCGAAGGACCAGCUGUUGGCGGUUUUCAAGACCCUGGACUUGAAAUCGACCAAGACCAUCCAACACGAAGCCUGUCCCACCUGCGAGGUGCACACCGAGCAGUUGAAGUCCGCGAAAGAAGAGAAAACGUUUGGCGAGGAAAGUUCCAUCGUCCAGGCGAAAAACCUGUUCUUCAAGGUGCCGAGCAAGGGCGGCCCGCUGAAGGACAAACUCUUCCUCGUCUGCGUCGCAGUCGACACCGAGGUGGAUAACAAGAAGCUCUCCGCCCGAUUGGGCAUCAAGGCGUCCGCGCCCCUCCGCCUGGCCGCGGAGAACAUUUUCGAUGAGGUUCUGCAGAUCCCCCGGGGCAGCGUGAACCCGUUUGUCAUGAUGAACGAGAGCGCCAAGGAGGUCACGUUGUUGCUGGACGAGAAAUUCAAGCAGAAAACCUGUCUGUUCCACCCCAUGCAGAACGACUUCACGACCGGCAUCACUUCGGACGAACUGGUAACAUUUCUCACCCACGUGGGCGCGGCGGGCCGGUUUCUGUUCGUCGAUUUCACGUCCGAAGAGGCGAUCUCGCUGGACCAGCAGGCCGACGGAAUGACCGCGAAGUCGGAGCCGAAGCAGAAAGAGGUGAAGGAGGUGAAGGCUGCGCCGGCGAAAGAACCGAAGGAGAAAAAGGUGCAGAUCCAAUUCGCCGAGGACCACUUGUUCACGCGGAAGCCGGUUCAGGACACCAUGUUCGCGCAGGCUUUCGAAAAGUACACCCAGGCGCAGGUUCGCGUGUAAGUGGUGGAUUUUUUCGGUGAGUCACAGAGGAGUUUGUUGAACAGUGGGAGUCAUGAGACCCGAUAUAGCACAACGUUGCCGCCGUCGCUAUCAUCCUCAAUUGCAACCUAGAUGGGAGCCAUGAAAAUGAAUGUUGCAGCUUGUUGAACAAUUGCGAUUGACUUGCUGGGAAGAGAUUUUUGGAAAAAAGCAAGUAGCGCUUCUCUUCAGUCUUAUCAUCGCCGCGAAAGAGGGGUUUGCAGUGUAGCCAUAUCCACAAUGAAAACUAGACUUUCACCUUUGCGAAGCAAAUGCACCUUUACGCGCACCAUUGAUUUCAUAACUUUGGCACUAACUCACUGGCGGCGCGCAGUGGUGAGAAUAAUGUAUGUCGCUUCACUCCCGCCAGUGUUCAUCUUCGCUCCUUUCGAUGUCCUGCUUUUGCAGCACGAAGCCAAGGCCAACGGAAAAAGGGUGUUGUCCGGCUUAAGUUCUUUCACAUGCAGAUCCUAGCAAUAGAUCCUAGCUCAAUGAUCCGGUGGCGGUCAUUGUUGAUGUGGUUUGUUUCGAAAAGUACACCCAGGCGCAGGUUCGCGUGUAAGUGGUGGAUUUUUUCGGUGAGUCACAGAGGAGUUUGUUGAACAGUGGGAGUCAUGAGACCCGAUAUAGCACAACGUUGCCGCCGUCGCUAUCAUCCUCAAUUGCAACCUAGAUGGGAGCCAUGAAAAUGAAUGUUGCAGCUUGUUGAACAAUUGCGAUUGACUUGCUGGGAAGAGAUUUUUGGAAAAAAGCAAGUAGCGCUUCUCUUCAGUCUUAUCAUCGCCGCGAAAGAGGGGUUUGCAGUGUAGCCAUAUCCACAAUGAAAACUAGACUUUCACCUUUGCGAAGCAAAUGCACCUUUACGCGCACCAUUGAUUUCAUAACUUUGGCACUAAC